AUGAGGCCCCCAGCCCUGUUCGCGGCGCUCCUCUGGCUCCCAGGCUUCUUGGCCAAGGUGGUGGAGGAGGGGCGGACAGGGCCGUCUCUCCCCCGGGCCGCCUCUGUCCUGGCCCUUCCUGCCCCCGCCUCCUUUAGGGCACAGGGCACUGGGCGCCCUGACGACCCCUGCUCCCCAGGACCGCCCCUGAGAGUGACGGUCAGCAGCCGGGGCAGGUCCGCCAGCCUCACGCUGAGCUGGGCCGCCCCUGGGCCGGGCGGGCCCGGCCGCACCCUCCGCCUCAGCCGGCUGAACCCCCGCGGCUCCCCUGAACGGCAGCUGCUCCAGGCCCACACCAACACGUCCAGCUUCGAGUUCCGGGACCUGGUGCCAGGAAGUCGCUACCAGCUGGAGGUGACGGCCGUGCGCCCCUGCGGGCAGAACGCCAGCCUCGGCCUCACUGUGCUCACAGCCCCGUCCACUGUCCAGGACCUGCAGCUCCACGGCUCUGAGAGCCCAUCCAGCCUGCGGGCCUCAUGGGGCUCUGCUCCCGGGGGGCAGGAUGGCUAUCAGCUUGUCCUCUGCCACCUGGAGUCCCAGACAGUGGUUCACAACGUCUCCACGUCUGCCGGCACCCUGACCUACAAUUUUAGCCACCUCCUACCAGGCAGUGAGUACGUCUUGGAGGUUACCACCUGGGCCGCCCACCUCCAAGCGAAGACCAGUGCCCGCCAGUGGACAGCUCCUGUACCUCCAGGGCAGCUGGCGCUGCGUGCCCUGGGCACCAGGGCCCUGCGGGCCUCCUGGGGCAGCGCUGGGGGGGCCGCCUGGCUGCACCUCCUGCUCACAGACCUCCUCAGUGGCUCCAACCUGACGGCGGGCGUCACAAGAGGUGUCUCCAGCCACACCUUCCCGUGCCUCUCUCCUGGAACCCCCUACACGCUGAUACUCAGCGCUGUCGCCGGUCCCCGUUGGGCAGCGGGGCCCAGUGCCACCGAGUGGACCCGUCCCUCCACGGCCCUGGACCUGCGGCUCACUCCCCAGACCCCAGGGCUUGGGGCCAGCUGGAAGGCAGGCCCCGGGGCCUGGGAGGGCUACCUGCUCAGGCUGAGCGGGCCUGUGGAAAAGACCCUAAGUUUGGGCCCCGGGGCCCUCAACGUCACGUUCCCAGGGCCCCUGCCAUCCGGACACUACGCUCUGGAGCUGAGAGUUCUGGCGGGGCCCUACGAGGCCCGGGCCCAGGCCACUGCCUGGCUGGGUGAUGCUGCAGCCCAGCACCCGCAGGGCAGCGGUACCGAGCUGCCCCUGGAUGGGCCAGAGGCCAGCAAGGAGCCUGGGAGCCGGACACUGCCCCACUCCGAGGGGGCCCCCUGCCUCCUCAGAAACGUCUCAGGGCCACCUGGUGCCACCCAGGUCACGCUCCACGGGCCCGGGGCCCGCUCCCAGGUGGACGCUGUCUCUGCUCUGGGCACUGCCACCGCAAGCCCCACAGGCCACGCAGGGCCCCCCACGCCACAGCCGCUGGAGGUCGCCAGCAGGGACAGCCCCUCCGCCUUGACCGUUGGCUGGGCCCCGGCACCGGGGCCUCGGGGAGGCUACAGGGUCAGCUGGCACCAGGAGGGCGGCCAGGGCUCGCCGGGCGGGCUUGUCAACUUGGGCCCGGACAACGCCAGCCUGACACUGCGGGGUCUCGUGCCCGGCUCCUGCUACGCCGUGUCUGUGUGGACUCGGGUGGGGAACCUUAGUGCCAGCAUCCAAAGGGCUCGCGCCUGCACACUCCCUGCGCCGCCUGCCAACCUGAGCCUGGGCCUGGCUGCCCGGACCCCUGUCCUGAGGGCCGUCUGGAGCCCCCCCGCGGGGGGCAGGGACGGCUUCCUCCUGCGGCUCUACUGCCUGCAGCCUCCAGCUCUGGAGAGCCAGGAGACCCUGGGCCCCGAGGCGCAGACCUUCUCCUGGGCCCGGCUGGCUCCGGGCACCGAGUUCCUGGUGUGGCUGGCCACCCUGCGGGGCCCCGACCAGAGCAGCAGCACCAACGCCACGGGCUGGACGCGUCCCCUCGCCCCUGCCCUGGUGAACGUGACCAGUGAAGGCGCCACCCAGCUCCGGGCGUCCUGGGUCCACGCGCCGGGGGGCCGGGACGGCUACCGGGUGACCCUCUACCAGGCGGGCGUCCCGGUGCACUCCAGCCCCGUGGGGGCCCAGGUGGACGGCGCCAGCUUCUCGGCUCUGACUCCGGGCACUGAGUACGAGGUGGAGGUGGUCACGCAGGCCGGGCCCCUCCGUGCAGUGGCGGCCAGGGCCGCAGGCUGGACCCCCCCAGUGGUGCCUGCGGAGCUGCUGGUGUCCAUGCAGGCGGGCAGCGCCGUGGUCAGCCUGGCCUGGGCCAGCGGCCCCCUGGGGCGCGGAGCCUGCCACGCGCAGCUCGCGGGGGCCGGGCUCCUGUCCCGGGAGCAGCCCCUGGCCCUGGGCCAAGCCCGGCUGGUCCUGAGGGACCUGACGCCUGGCCGCAACCUCUCCUUGACCGUUCGGUGCCGGGCGGGGCCCCGCCAGGCCUCCACGCACCCGGUGCUGCUGCCCGUGGAGCCUGACCCGGUGGAGGACGUGCAGUGCCAGCCCGAAGCCACGCGCCUGGCCCUGGUCUGGACGGUGCCCGCGGGGGACGUGGACACCUGUCUGGUGGUGGCGGAGCAGCUGGCGGCGGCAGGGGCCGCCCAGCUCGUCUUCCGGGCCAACACCUCCGGGGGCGCCCUCCUCCUGGCGCGCCUGGCGCCCGCCGCGUCCUACCGCCUCAGCCUCUCGGUGCUGGGCAGGAACGGCCUGUGGAGCCGGGUGGUCAGCCUGGUGUGCGCCACCACGCCCGAGGCCUGGCACCCCCCGGAGCUGGCCGCAGCCCCCCGGCUGGAGCCCGAGCCGGGGAUGGGCGUGCUGAUUGCCCAGGGCAUGUUCGGCGAGGAGGACGGGCAGAUCCAGUGGUAUGGGGUCAUCGCCACCACCAAUAUGUCACUGGCCCGGCCUCCCCGCGAAGCCGUCAACUGCACAUGGUACGACCACUACUACGGCGGCCGCGACGCCUACCUGGCUGUACUGCUCUCCAACCCCUUCUACCCCGGGCCCUGGGCCGCGCCCACAUCCUGGCCGGUGCCCGUGGGCACGGACGACUGCGGCCGGACCCGCGACAUAUGUAACGGGCGGCUCAGGCCGGGCUCCCGGUAUCGGUUCAGUGUCGUGGCCUUUUCCAGGCACAGCCCUGACACCCUUAUCGCCGUCUCAGCCUUUUCAGAGCCCCGGCCCAGCCCUUCCUGGGCGGUGCCCCUUCCGGUGGCAGCGGGCAUCGUGGCCGGCGUGCUCGCCCUGGGUGUCUUGCUGGGCCUGCUGUGCUGGAGGCGAGUGAACGGGCAGAGGGCAGAGAAGAGCCUGCGCUCCCAGGAGCUGACAGCUUACAACCUGUGGACCCACCGGCCCAUCCCCGUGCACAGCUUCCAGCAGAGCUUUGAGGCCAAGAGUGCCCACGCCUACCAGGCCUUUUUUCAGGAGUUUGAGGAGCUGAAGGAGGUGGGCAAGGAGCAGCCGAGGCUGGAGGCUGAGCACCCUGCCAACAGCGCGAAGAACCGCUACCCUCACGUGUUGCCCUACGACCACUCCCGGGUCAGGCUGGCCUUGCUGGACGGGAAGCCCCACUCCGACUACAUCAAUGCCAGCUUCAUCCCGGGCUACACCCACCCGCAGGAGUUCAUCGCCACCCAGGGGCCUCUCAAGAAGACACUGGCGGACUUCUGGCGGCUGGUGUGGGAGCAGCAGGUCCGCGUCAUCGUCAUGCUGACCGUGGGCAUGGAGAACGGGCGGGUGCUGUGUGAGCACUACUGGCCGGCCGACUCCCGCCCCAUCACCCACGGGCCAGUCACCAUCCGCCUGCUGGCCGAGCAGCCCCAGGACGAGUGGACCACACGGGAAUUCCAGCUGCAUCACGCUGCCCAGCAGCAGCUGCGGAGGGUGAAGCAGCUGCAGUUCACCACCUGGCCAGACCACAGUGUCCCCGAGGCCCCCAGCUCCCUGCUGGCCUUUGUGGAGCUGGUCCGGGAGCAGGCGAGGGCCACCGUGGAUGCAGGGCCCCUCCUGGUGCACUGCAGCGCGGGCGUGGGCCGCUCAGGCACCUUUGUGGCCCUGUGGCGGCUGCUGCGGCAGCUGGAGGAGGAGCAGGCGGUGGACGUGUUCCACGCGGUGCACGUGCUGCGCCUACACCGGCCGCUCAUGAUUCAGACCCCGAGCCAGUACAUCUUCCUGCACAGCUGCCUCCUGAGCAGGGUCCUGGAAGGGCCCCACAGCACCUGCGCCGCCCAGGCUGCAGAGACCCACAGCGGGCACUGGGCAGCCCCAGGCACCACCCACGCAGCCGGUGCCCCCCGCAGGCCGCAGCCCAUCCCCGUGAGGAACUUUGCCCAAGUGUGCGCAGAACGGGCCGCCAAUGGCAACGCAGGCUUCCUGGAGGAGCACCAGCUCCUGCUCCAGGCCCUGAAGGACGAGGCCGGCUCUGGGACACCCCCUCCCCGCGGUGAGCAGAAUGAGGGCCGUUGUCACGAGUGGUCCCCUUCGGUGGAGAGCGGCCCAGCUGGGGAGAUGCUUGAAGCCUGGCUCUUCCCUGGCGGGCCCUCUGGCCGCGACCACGUGGUGCUGACCGGCCCCGCAGGGCCAGCUGAAUUCUGGGAGCUGGUGUGGGAGCACGGGGCCUGCGUGAUGGCCUCCUUGUGCCCACCGGACCCCCAGGAGGAGGAGUUCUGGCCCACGGAGACGCAGCCUGUUACCACGGACGCGGUGACCGUGCGCUGGGUGGCGGACGGCAGUGCUGCAGGCUGGCCCUGCACCUUCCUUCACGUCACACAUAAGGCGAGCGGGAAGGAGAGACCGGUGCAGCGGCUGCAGUUCCCGUGCUGGGAGCCGGGCCAGGUGCUCCCCACCAAGACACUGCUGCCUUUCCUGGCCGCCGUGGGCCGGUGCUGCUCCCGGGACACCGAGCAGCCAUGCACACUGCUCAGUCACUGCAGCAAGGGUGCGGCCCAACUGGGCACCUUCCUGGCCCUGGAGCAGCUGCUGCAGCAGGCAGGGACCGAGGGCACCGUGGACGUCUUCACUGUGGCCUUGCAGCAGUCGCAGGCCUGCGGCCUCAUGACCCCAACGCUGGAGCAGUACGUCCACCUCUACAGCUGCCUCGACAGCGCGCUCUUGGAAGGGCUGCCGUGAGUCACCCAGUCCCUGCUGUGUGGGAGGCGGUGCUGGCCCGGCAAGCCCACUGUGGCCCAGCUUCCCCGGGAGAGCGGCCUGCACGCCAGCCCUGUGCUGUGAAGGGCAAUAAAUGGUGUGGUCA